AUGAAUAAUGUUAAAACAACAUAUCCUUUCGACACAAAUCAGUUGUCAAAAGACGCAUUAUCCUUUACUGAUGAGAGAUUUUAUGGUUUUGUCAAAGAAGCAUUAGGUAAAGCAGCAGCUGAUCUUUUGCAAACACAAGCAAUAAAUAAUGUACCAUCAUUUUUAUUAAGUCAUGAUUUUUGUGCUGUUAUAGAGCUUGAUAUUGAUUCUAAAGAAGUGGAUCAAUUAAGAACAAAAAUUUCUUUUCUUUGUCGAGAUAGUAUAUAUUGUGUUAAAGCUGGUAUUAAAAAUAAUUUUAAAUAUUUAAAAAAAUUGUUAUUAUCAAAAAUAGAAGAAAACGGUAAAAUACAACCAAAGCCAAAAAAGACAACAACAACUAAUUUAACUUCAUCAACAUUAACAAAAGAUAAUCAUACUGAAAUGAUACGCAAUUUAAUACAGAGAUGGACAGAAGAUAAUAAAGAAAAUUUCAAUUUUGAUGAAUUAGAAUUAAUAUCAGAUAUUGAUUAUACAUUAAGUAAAAUCGAUAGUAAUAAUGUUACUGAAGCUGCAAUAAGAUUUACAUAUGGUGUUAAAAUAAAGUUAAGAAAAAAAGCUGAGAAAUUUCAAAUUCCAAAUUUCUAUAAGCAUUUAAGCAAGAUUGACGUUGAAGAUAAUAACGAUAGUCAAACAAUAGCUUUUUCAUCGGCAACACUUCAACAAUCAUUAUCACAAAUCUCUAUAAAUGCAACAACAUCUUCAUCACAUUGA